AGAAGGAGGCAGGCACCCUCCUCCUGUUGCUGCUGCUCGUGGACUUCUCUCUCUUCUUCCGCCCAUCCCUCCACCAGCCAGGAUUAGCAACAGCCCCGAGGGCACCCGGAGUUCAGUUUACAACGCGCGCUUGGCUGGGAGCGCCUCCGAGAGGAGAAGGAAUCCGUGCGCCUUCGCCCUCGCCGCCUCGCAUCCCUCCCCAACCUGCUGCCGUCGUUUCUAUUGCUAGAGACGCGCCGAGGCUGCUCUCCUUCCUCCUUUCUCUUUCUCUCUCCGUCUCUCUCUCUCUGUCUUCCCUUCCCGAUCAUGGAUUUAUCCCUGAGGUUAAUCAUUCUGUCCUGGCUCUACCUGGAAGCUUUAGGGGACUUCGACGGAAGGUGGCCCAGGCAAAUACUUUCCACGACUGGAUUGUGCCGUUUUGGAAGCAGAGUCGACUGCUGCUGGGGCUGGGCUCGCCACUCAUGGGGCCAAUGCCAACCUUUCUACAUCUUAAGGCAGAGAAUAGCCAGGAUAAGGUGCCAGCCCAAAGCUGUAUGUCAGCCUGGAUGUAAACAUGGUGAAUGCGUUGGACCAAACAAGUGCAAGUGUCAUCCAGGAUACACUGGGAAAACAUGCAAUCAAGAUCUCAAUGAGUGUGGUCUGAAACCAAGACCAUGCAAACACCGGUGCAUGAAUACCUAUGGCAGCUACAAGUGUUAUUGUCUGAAUGGAUACAUGCUUAUGCCAGAUGGAUCAUGUUCUAACGCGCUCUCAUGUUCAAUGGCAAACUGUCAGUACGGCUGUGAUGUGGUGAAAGGGGAGGUGCGGUGCCGUUGUCCUUCCCCAGGCUUGCAACUAGCUCCUGAUGGCAGAACUUGUGUAGAUGUGGAUGAAUGUGCCACUGGGAGAGUUACCUGUCCUCGAUUCAGGAAGUGCGUCAAUACUUUUGGAAGCUACAUUUGCAAGUGUCAUAAAGGAUUUGAUUUGAUGUACAUUGGAGGCAAAUACCAGUGCUACGACAUAGAUGAAUGCACACUUGGCCAAUAUCAGUGUGGGAGUUUUUCACAGUGUUACAAUACACAGGGAUCUUACAAAUGCAAAUGUAAAGAAGGAUACAGAGGUGACGGAAUGAACUGCAUAACUUUCGAUAUUAUUGAAAAUGAGACGGGUUUUGGCUCAGCUGAGGCGCGUGGCAGAGGUGAACGAGAUCCUUUUAAUGUGCUUCUCUCUGAGAUGGCAUAUCAGAGGGAAAUGUGGGCUAUUCCCAAAGUUAUGAUUGAUCCAUCUGGCCCACAUACUGUAUUUAAGGGAAAUACAACCUUUCCUAAAGGCAGCGGUGGCAUGACAAAUAGGAUACCUGAAACUGGUGGUGUGAGGCAUCCCAUCAAACCACCUAAUGCACCAGCUACAGCGAGGCCUCCUUUUAGGACAACAGUGAGACCCAGCCCAAAGCCAACCACGAGGCCGACACACAAACCAAUUACCAGGUUUGUACCCAAGCCUGCAACCACAAGGCCAGCUGUGAAGCCAGUGACAAGACUCCCACCAGUCACAAGGCCCCCAACACCACCUCCAACUCCGCCUAAGCCUGUAACGACAAAAACACCACGACUUACAACUAAAGAGCCGUUGCACUUUCCUAGUGAAACUACAGCUCCACAGGGAUUCACAGUUGACAACAGGAUACCAAUCGAUCCUCAGAAACCACGAGGAGAUGUCUUUAUUCCACGCCAGCCUGGAGUGAGCAAUAAUCUCUUUGAAACAUUUGAAAUUGAAAGAGGGAUCAGCGCCGAUGACGACGAAGCGAACGAUGAUCCAGGUGUUCUGGUUCACAGCUGUAACUUUGAUGGUGGUCUGUGUGGGUGGAUGAAGGAGAAAGACGAUGAUUUGCACUGGGAGCCUGUGAAAGAUGCCUCAGGAGGACAGUACUUAUCUGUCUCUGAACCCAAAGGAAAAUCGGGACAAGUUGCACGCUUGGUCCUUCCUCUUGGCCAUUUAGGUCACUUUGGGGAUCUGUGUCUGUCCUUCAGGCAUAAAGUGUCUGGGAUCCAUUCUGGUUUACUUCAAGUCUUUGUGAGAAAGGCAGGGGCUCACGGACCAGCAGUUUGGGGAAGGAACGGUGGUCAUGGCUGGAGGCAAACACAAAUAAGUCUGCAAGGAUCUGGCAUCAAGAGUGUUAUUUUCAAAGGCGAGAAAGGAAAAGGAAGAACUGGGGAAAUUGGAUUGGAUGAUGUGAGCUUGAGGAAAGGCCUGUGUUCUCAAGACCAUUAGUGGCAAUAGACAAACUGGUAAAGAGAACAUACUUACAUUGCCCAUGUCUUUUAGCCAAGAGAGAUGAUGGACUGACAAUUGGUUCUCCCUUGCCUUUAUGAAAUCCCAGUGAACCUACAAAAAAAAAAGAACUUUCCAUAAAGGACAAAGUAAGCUCAAGCCAAUGUUGGGGAUUUUCAUUAACAGUUAUCCAGCUCACGUUUGCAUAUGUGAUAAAGGCCUCCUAAAUUCUGAAUUAGGGCUAUGAACAUCCUCCAUGAAGAAGAACCAACUGUUGCUAGGAUUCUUCAAAAGGCGACUUCAGUACACACAGCAAUUGCAUUAAUAGACUUCUGGGUGUUUCUCCGUUUUGCUGAUUAUACUCUACCGUGGGACUGGUUCAGCUUCAUAAAUCGAAAAUAACUCAGGAAUAGACCUGAGCUGCUGUUCUACUGCCAUCAACUUUUAAAAGGAGAGAGAGAGAGUGUGUGUGUAUGUGUGUAUAUAUAGAUAUAUAUAUAAUAGCAUUUAUUCUUUAGUUGCAUCUUAAUAACAAGAGACAGUUAUUAUAGAGUAGGCACUGCAUCCCUUAAUAUUCGUAGUGCUGUGUUAUGUAUAAAUGUGUAUGGAUAUUAAUGUAUUUAUAUGUGUUGUGUAUUUGCAGGAUCUAUUCGUAAGAUUAAGUGGCAGCUGUGCACAUUCAAGUUAGAUUAGAACACAGAAACCCACAAUGAUAGUCAUGCAGUAAGUAUUUACGACACAGGUUGCCAGGUGCAGACAAUUUUAUAGGGUCGCAAUGAACUCCACCUAUAAGUAAAUGUAAUGAUGAGUUGGGUGCUAGAUUCAUUGCAACAGUAUUGAGUUACUCAAAUCAUGGUCUCAGUGUGGUGUAGUGGUU